AUGCCCGCCGCUAUUGUCAACCGAGGUGCCAACCUCCCGACUACCUUGGAGGCUUGCCAUCAGCGCAUCGCUCAGCUCGAGGAGACCAAUUAUAUUCAGUUCGUCACGCUUGAAAACACGCGCGGCGACCUCGAAGAGGCUCGUCACUCGAUCCACCUAUGCCGGCGCCGCUAUCAGUACAAUACCCAGCACCAACAUAUUCAGUGCUGCGAGGGGGGACACGAAUCGAAUAGCGGCCCCCGCAGGAACUCAGGAGGGAAGAGGUUUCGCGAGCCCGACGGGGGAUUCAACGAGCCCGAGCAUCCGCCCAAACGUACGUCCUCAUCCCUUCGACCUUCGGACGCCAGGGACGACCGCGACAGGCGGCCAGUCUCCAACCCGCCGGAGGAUCGACGGCUUUGGACACCGGGACGACAGGAGUCUCCUGCGCCCGAGCAACGCUCCGCGACGGCCGCGUCAUUGUCUGACGCGGGCUGGGGGGGAGGGACAGGGACGAACGAGACGAGGGUUACUUGGGGAUCGAGCGGCGAGCAUGUAGCCCCGCCUACUCCGAGCACCGCGACCACCGAGGGCGCGAAGACCGUGCCCACUGCGCCGCCGGCCUCGACCGCUGACCAGCCAGCAAUAGCGGCGGCGGCGAGUGACCAGGCCGUCGCGAUCACGCCGAGCUCGUUCUACGAGGCCCCUACCACUGCCGCCUUCGUCGAGCUCGUCAAGAAACGGCCGGAGAUGGCGCCCCAAGG